AUGUUUGCUCAUAUCGCACAAUUUUUAGUACCAUUCACGACACCUCAGAUACUGAAGCAGUCGGUGUCCGAUAGCUUGGAUGCCUUAAUUUAUGAUUUGGACUUUCCUGCCUUAAGAAAAAACAAGAACAUUGACAGCUUCAUAAAUCGAUACAAAGAUGCAAUGAGUAAAGUUCGGGAUUUAAGAAUGAAAGCAGAAGACUAUGAAGUUGUUAAAGUGAUUGGGAGAGGAGCAUUUGGUGAAGUUCAGCUGGUGAGACACAGAGGCACAAGAAAAGUAUUUGCAAUGAAACUACUCAGCAAGUUUGAGAUGAUUAAGCGAUCUGAUUCAGCAUUCUUUUGGGAAGAGAGGGGCAUCAUGGCUUUUGCUAAUAGUCCAUGGGUAGUACAGCUAUCCUAUGCAUUCCAAGAUAACCGCUACCUCUACAUGGUGAUGGAGUAUAUGCCUGGUGGGGAUCUCGUAAAUUUAAUGAGUAAUUAUGAUAUGCCUGAAAAAUGGGCCAGAUUUUAUACAGCAGAAGUUGUACUUGCCCUGGAUGCCAUUCAUUCUAUGGGUUUCAUUCACAGAGAUGUGAAGCCAGAUAAUAUGUUGCUUGACAAAGCUGGUCACUUAAAAUUGGCAGAUUUUGGAACUUGCAUGAAGAUGAAUAAAGAAGGGAUGGUACGGUGUGAUACUGCAGUGGGGACUCCGGACUAUAUUUCACCUGAGGUGCUGAAAUCUCAAGGAGGAGAUGGUUAUUAUGGGAGAGAGUGUGAUUGGUGGUCAGUUGGAGUAUUCCUGUAUGAAAUGCUUGUCGGUGACACACCCUUUUAUGCAGACUCACUAGUUGGAACUUAUAGCAAAAUCAUGAAUCACAAAAACUCACUGACAUUUCCUGAGGACAGUGAAAUAUCCAAGGAUGCAAAAAGCCUCAUUUGUGCAUUCCUCACUGACAGGGAAAUAAGACUAGGUCGAAAUGGUGUGGCAGAGAUCAAACGGCACCCUUUCUUUGGAAAUGAUCAAUGGACAUGGGAAAAUAUCAGAGAGAUGAGGACAUCAUCAGUGCAGCUGAGGGCCAGAACGGUGCAGAGCCCGGCGGCCUGUAGGCCCCCGCGCCAAGUGGGACAGCCUGGAGGCCCCCGGUGGUGCGGGGCGGCCUGGAGGCCCCGGGCCGAGCGGGGCGGCCUGGAAAUGCAGAGCGAAUGGGGAGAGACUUCUGGGGGUCGAAGUUCAGGACUGAAGCAGCUUGAAAGCUUUGUCACCGAUGUUGAUGCCAAGGGAAAGGGUGGAGGCACAGACAAGGCUAGAUUCAGGAAUUCAUCUAUGCAAGAAAGGAUAUAG